AUGUCAACAGAAGGAAGUGGAGAAACUCCUUCGGUACCGAGUUUGCCAGGGGCGCCAGAACAAACAUACCUCUUUCCGAAAGUGAAAGGACACUCGAGAUCCAUCAGUCAUGGAGGACAGCCAAUGUUGGCGGGACCGACCAGCGCACGGCCGCCACUCAAAUCAGCCAUGCGAGGGCACCAGCGCGCUCUGUCACACGGACAGAUUGGAGAAGGACAGCGCGCUGCCUCCGGCCCCGGCCACAGUCGGACCGGUAGUCGCACUGACUUUAUACUACCACCAGGUCACCGGGAACCUGUUCCAGCUAGUGCUCAGCCACGGCUAUCGUCGGUAAAAGGUCAUCAUUCCCGCCAGGCUUCGAGGUCGGACUCCAUCUAUACUCUCCGGCGAGCGUCAGUGGUAGCGCCGUGGCGUAGAGCGGUGUUCUGGCUCAUGCGCCGCCAACAACCCACUGUUGAUAACAGACAUCUCGUUGUUAUCCCAAACCAUCUGGUACCAGACAAGACACCACCUAAAGAUCACCCGAAUGGACAAAGGUGCAAUAACAAAAUCAGGACUACUAAAUACACGUUGCUCUCCUUCUUACCAAAAAACUUAUUUGAACAGUUUCAUAGGAUUGCCAAUGUUUACUUUAUAUUUAUUGUGUUAUUAAAUUGGGUGCCAGCCAUCAAUGCUUUUGGCAAGGAAGUUGCAAUGCUACCAGUGUUGUUUGUGCUCGGAGUGACUGCUAUUAAGGACCUGUUUGAAGACCGUCGGAGACAUCUUUCCGACAAGAGAAUCAAUAAUUCAUUCUGCAGAGUUUACAAAAAAUCGGUUGAGAGAUACGUUCGUGUGAAAUGGCGGGAUGUUCGAGUGGGAGACCUGGUUCAUCUGUCCAACAACGAGGCGGUCCCAGCGGAUAUGGUCCUUCUACACUCCUCGAACCAGUCAGGACUAUGUUACCUUGACACCUGCAACCUGGACGGGGAAACGAAUCUUAAACAACGUAUGGUAGCUCCCGGGUUCAAAGACAAGAGAUUGGAGUUUUCCCCUAUGAAAUUUCGUAGCUCCGUGGAGGUGGAACGGCCGUCUACAAAGAUUUACAGGUUCAAUGGAACUAUAUCACAUCCGGACGGUACUCGAGUUCCUCUUAACUCUGAUAACCUCCUGUUGAGAGAAUGCACAAUCAAGAACACGGAUUACAUUGAGGGCAUCGUCGUGUACGCGGGACAUGAAACAAAGGCCAUGCUUAAUAACGGCGGGCCGAGAUACAAAUGUUCCAAGUUAGAGAAAAAAAUGAAUACCGAUGUUAUCUGGUGUGUUCUUGUGUUGCUGUUUCUCUGCUGCGCUGGUGCUGUCGGCUGUAAAGUGUGGUUGGACUUCUACAGUCCAGCCGUCAUGAAAUACACGCCUUUCAUACCGUACGCCGAGAAACCAGCUUACGAAGGCCUGCUGAUAUUUUGGACGUACAUCAUAGUCCUUCAAGUUAUGAUACCGGUGUCGCUAUACGUUACUAUAGAAAUGACGAAGCUGUUGCAAGUCUACCACAUACAUCAGGACGUCGAAAUGUAUGAUCCGGUUACGAACACGCGGACUGAGUGCCGGGCUUUGAAUAUAACGGAGGAGUUGGGGCAGGUCAGUUAUCUGUUCAGCGACAAGACGGGCACUCUGACCGAGAAUAAGAUGGUGUUCAGGAGAUGUACGGUCGGCGGAGUGGACUACGACCACCCGCCCGGUCCAGACGCUGACCCUUCCACCUCCCUACCGCCCAUCGUCACUCCGAUAACAAAAGUCUCACCCAACAGAAGAUUACUUCAACAUCUUCUAGACACCAACGACCCUCAACAUACUCAAAAGGUCUCCGAGUUCCUCUUGAUCCUGGCCGUUUGUAACACGGUGGUGGUGAGCCAGCCGCACGUGGACGCUAUGCAGCUGAGCACGAGCAGCGAGCACGUGCGCAAGCCGACGAGAAACGGAACGCUCCGAUCGAACGAUAAGUACGCUAGAUUAACUGAAUCUCGGUCCACAACGCCGUCCCCGCCGCCCUCCACCACCUCCCCGCUGCGUCUCCGUCUUCCGAAACUACCGUUCAGCAGUCGGGAAGACAGCGUCAGCGAGCCGAGCACGUCGGCUGAAAUACAGCUGGCGCGUUUCGAGGCUGAGAGUCCGGAUGAGUUGGCCUUAGCGGAGGCGGCCUUAGCUUACGGUUACGAGCUGAGAGGACGCUCGGUGGACGAAGUGGAGUUAGGGAUAAGAGGGGAGCUGUCCAAGAUGAAGGUGCUCAGGGUCCAACAGUUUGACUCCACCAGGAAGUGUAUGUCCGUCGCUCUGAGAACACCUACGGGACAGGUAGUUUUAUACGUGAAAGGAGCGGAUAGUAUAGUGUUAGGAGCAUUGGCGCCCAUGAGAGCCGGAUCUGCUGAGGCUGCCGCCUUAGAAAGAACCAAGUCGCUAUUACUGGAAUACUCACGAGCGGGUCUCCGCACACUGGUCAUGGCAAAACGAACGAUGCAACCCGCUCUGUGGGAGGAAUGGCUGGCUGGACACACCAGAGCUAGCGAAAUUGGUGAAGGUCGAGAAAAACGCAUGCGUGAGUCGCUAGCUAGGUUAGAGAGCGCGCUAACCUUAGUAGGGGCGACGGGGGUCGAGGAUCGUCUGCAGGAGGACGUGCCUCGAACUGUUCGGGCGUUACUCGAUGCUGGCAUCGUGGUAUGGGUACUCACCGGAGACAAGCCAGAGACAGCCAUCAACAUAGCUUACUCAGCGGCCUUGUUCUCACAGAGCGACAGACUGCUGCAUCUCAUGUCGAGGGACAAGGAGCACGCCGAGUCCACUAUCAAGAGCUACCUGGAGGGCGGCGCGGUGGAGGGGGGCGGGGGUCGCGCGCUGGUGGUGGACGGCCGCACGCUCACAUACAUCCUCGACCGGCGCUCCGGACUAGUCGCGCCCUUCCUCUCACUGGCGCGCCGCUGCUCCGCCGUACUCUGCUGCAGGGCCACGCCGCUACAGAAGGCUUAUAUCGUUAAGGCUGUUAAAGAAGAACUCGGAGUUACAACGUUAGCUAUAGGGGACGGUGCCAAUGAUGUUUCUAUGAUUCAAACAGCCGAUGUUGGUGUUGGUCUCUCGGGUCAGGAGGGUCGCCAGGCGGUGAUGGCGUCGGACUUCGCCCUCCCCCGCUUCAAGUUCGUGGAGCGCCUGCUGCUGGUCCACGGUCACUGGUGUUACGACAGGCUCGCCAGGAUGAUACUCUACUUCUUCCUUAAGAAUGCUACGUUCGUGUUCCUCGUGUUCUGGUACCAGCUGUACUGCGGCUACUCGUCGUCCGUCAUGAUCGACCAGCUCCACCUCAUGGCCUACAACCUCGCCUUCACAGCCUUCCCGCCCAUAGUCAUAGGUGCGUACGACCGCGUGGCUCCCAGCGGGCUGCUGUCCGAGCGGCCGGGUCUGUACAGCGCGUGUCGCCGCGGCCUGUCCUACAGGGCUCACUCGUACUGGCUGGUGUUGGCUGAGUCCGUGUACAUCAGCGUGGUGAUCUUCUUCACCUCCAAGCAGGCCUACUGGGACUCGGACGUUGACCUCUGGAUGUUCGGCCUCUGUAACAUGACCUGCUGCCUCGUCAUCAUGCUGGUGUACGUCGCCAUAGAGACCAGGAGCUGGACCGUGAUCCACCUGCUGGCCCUGACGGGUUCCCUGGGUUCGUUCUUCCUUCUCACCCUGGUGUACCAGACAGUAUGCGUUUCCUGUUUCAAGCUACCCUCCACGUACUUCGUGAUGCAUCACGCCUUCGUCGACCCCGUCUACUGGCUGGUCGUCAUCAUCACUACAGUGGCGGCGUUGGCGCCCAGAUUAACAUGGCAUGCGAUCCGUAACUCCGUUCGUCCGGGUGCUCUCGGGCGCGCCGUGCUCGCCAGGCGGCGGCGGGCUCGACCGUACGCCGCACACUACCACACGCCCUCUGCCUCCGCACACGUUUACAGAGCCACGGACGAGGACGGGCUCCACAAGACUCAGCCGGACGUGACGGCGAUCACGUGA